ACCGGAAGCACUUACUGGGCGGAGUCGCCGGUUUUCACUUCCUUGAUGCACAUAGCUAACAGUGCUGCACAAUGAAAAUACUUAAUUUAUUGAGCUUAUUUGCCACUUAUUUAUUAGCGAACAGCAUCAACAUCGAGGAUAACGUAGGGCAGUUCUUCAGCAGCGGUCAUACUAACAACUGGGCUGUUCUGGUGUGUACAUCCAGAUUCUGGUUCAACUACCGUCAUGUGGCAAAUACUCUGUCCGUCUACAGAAGUGUCAAGAGGCUGGGCAUUCCUGACAGCCACAUAGUUCUCAUGCUGGCUGAUGACAUGGCUUGUAACCACAGAAACCCCAAACCUGCCACAGUGUUCAGCCACAAGAACAUGGAGCUGAACGUGUACGGUGACGACGUGGAGGUGGACUACAGAGGAUAUGAGGUGACGGUGGAGAACUUCCUGCGUGUUUUGACCGGCAGGCUGCCGCCCAGCACUCCACGCUCCAAACGCCUCCUCUCUGAUGACCGGAGCAACAUCCUCAUAUACCUGACGGGCCACGGGGGAAAUGGCUUUCUGAAGUUCCAGGACUCUGAGGAAAUCAGUAAUGUGGAACUGGCCGACGCCUUUGAGCAGAUGUGGCAGAAAAGAAGGUACAAUGAGCUGCUCUUCAUCAUUGACACCUGUCAGGGCGCCUCCAUGUACGAGAGGUUCUACUCCCCGAACCUCAUGGCCCUGGCCAGCAGUCAGGUUGGAGAGGACUCUCUGUCGCACCAGCCAGAUUUGGCCAUAGGAGUCCAUUUGAUGGACCGUUACACCUUCUACCUGCUGGAGUUCCUGGAAGACAUCCACCCUGCGAGCAAAUCCAACAUGAAUGACCUGUUCAAAGUUUGUCCCAAGAGUCAGUGUGUGUCCACACCGGGCCACCGUACUGACCUUUUCCUGAGAGACCCAGGAAGUGCCCUCAUCACCGAUUUCUUUGGUAGCGUGCGCAAAGUCGAGCUAACCAUGGAAACCAUCAACUUGACGGAACCCAUCGAGCAGGCGGAGCAGAAGCCUGUAAAUACAGAGCUGCAGAAAGAGAAGUACUCGUAUGUGGACCAGCUGCCAGUGUCUGAGAUCAUCCACCAGAAACCAAAGCAGAGAGACUGGCAUCCUCCCGAUGGCUUCAUCCUGGGCCUGUGGACUCUGAUCCUCCUGGUGUUUUUCAGGACUUACGGUAUGAAGCACCUCAAACACAUCUUCUGAGGCGCCGGCGCCGCUGGAUGUCUGUGGACACGAAGCUGCAGAUCAGGAGCUUUUACUGAAGGGAUAUUAGAGCAAAGGUGCGGGUUGUGACUGGCUUAUCUUCCUGAAAAUGAAAAGGAGAUGUUUGGCACCACAACGGCGUGGCUCGGAAACUGUGUGACGCAAUUGAUGCCUUUUUUUUUUUCCUUCUUCUUUUGGAUGAUUGCUCUCUACUGUCUAAUGUGGUGGUGUUGUUGUUGUUGUUGUUGUUGUUCCAGAUGCGAAAAGGGACAAAUAUUUGAAAGUCAUGCAUCGUAUAUGCAAAGCCUCAUCUCUGCAUAGGCAAUACCACGAGCUGUACCGCCAUUUUAUUUUGAUGUUUGAUGUGUUCUUGACAUCUCCACUUAUAUUUAUUUAUUUUUGUGUCAAAGGUUCUGUUCUAUCAAGCUUUUCUAUAAUUGCGUUGAUUUGCUUUUAAAACAUAAUGCACUGAGUUUGAAGAGCGUGCAUAUUUCUGCAGUAGCAAUUUUUUUUUUUGUUUAAGUGCUACUCUGUCAGAAAAAGGAAAGUGUGGGACGAGGGCAGGUUUGAUUGGCUGCGAGUGGGCUGUGAAGAGAUUACUAUUUAAUGUCUCUCUUGUCCAUAUACAUUACACCCCUUGACUGUCAUAUCACGCUUGUGAAGGAUAACAAUCGCACGUAAUCCCAUCUCGCAUGAUGGACCCAUCCUCUUUCCUAUUCACCAAAUUGCCCUCCCUGUGGAAACAUCCAUUAGCUCCCCAGCCGUGUACUCCGCUGAUUGUAUUCUGGGUGAUGGACAGCUAUUUCCCCGGCCAUUCCACGUCUCGCACUACAGCAGCGAUAAGUGAGUGAUAACCUCGUAAGCUGCCGGCCGUCCCAAAUGAAUCUCCUCUGUGCUGUUUACCUCCCUCUUUCCCCCCCCUUCUCCCUUCCUCUGCAUUAGUAACCGCUCUGCAUUAGGCUCAUUGUUGGGGAGGGGGGGGGGGGGAGUGACUGAUGCUCAAAGCAUAUGGAUUGAACCUGCUGUAUUUUAUCUUUGCUCCUUGGCGCGAGGUCCCGCCCAUCGGGUGCCCACUGCCACUCUCCUGCGCGGCUGAAGUGGAAAACAAAUGGAGUCUGAAAUGAAACCAUAUUUAUCGGAGGGCAGCUGCUGCGUCAAACCACCAAGUACCUUUUUCUCAUUCAUUUAUGCAAGGCUCAUUUCUUCUUCCUGGUUUAUUAUUUCCUGUAAUCUCAUUCCUCCCGGUCCCGUCUCAGAGAGAGCCAGCUCAUGUUGAUGCCCUGAAUAAAGAUGAAACCUUGAAUCACU